ACGGAGAGUAUCUGCGAUCACUUCAAUUACAAGCUCCGAUCCAGCAGCGUGUCCGUUAUAUCUGCUGGAUCUGUUCAUCGCGAAUAAUGUUUAUCCGAGCGACUGGGAUGAGUCGCUGUUGAUGCCAGAGCUCGGGUAGAUGUGCGCUUAACUCUGGCCCGAAUGGAAAUGGUGCCCAGCGAGGAGAGCCAGCUUGUACCCAGAGAGGAAAUGUUUUGGAGUUGCAGGCAAAGAAUUUUGGACGAGAUGAAGACGAAGUUCUCUCAGAUAGAGAGUGCUGCUGAGGAACCCCGAGUGCUGUGUAUAGUUCAGGACACCACCAACGCCAAGACAGUCAACGAGAGACUGACCCUUAAUCUCCCGGCUUCCACUUCUCUCUCCAAGCUCUUUGAGGACGUCGCUCUUAAGGCUGGCUACGUGAAUGGCACCUUUGAAUUGGCAUGGGGCAAUGUGGCGAGUUUGGCGCCUCUGGACCAGACCAGUGAGAUGUCACUGGUGGAGUCUGGGUUCGAGCCAGGCAAGAGGAAUUUCCUGCAACUUACAGACAAGGAUGGCGAGCAGCCUCAGAUAGCUUCAGACGAGUCGGGAAACGCAGACAGCAGCGGGUUAGAUGACAGUUCUCAUGACCGCUUUAUCGGGCCCUUGUCCCGCGAUGGUACUGUGGGUUGCAGCAGUGACUACAGCAGCCCCAGCUACUCCUACUCCUCCAUACUUAACAAGUCUGACACAGGAUAUGUGGGUUUGGUAAAUCAGGCCAUGACCUGUUACCUGAACAGUCUACUGCAGACGCUGUUCAUGACACCAGAGUUCAGAAACGCACUCUACAAUUGGGAGUUUGAAGAGUCAGAGGAAGACCCGGUCACCAGUAUCCCCUACCAGCUGCAGAGGCUGUUUGUGCUGCUGCAGACCAGCAAGAAGCGUGCCAUUGAGACUACGGAUGUGACGCGCAGCUUUGGCUGGGACAGCAGUGAAGCCUGGCAGCAGCAUGACGUCCAGGAACUUUGCCGGGUAAUGUUUGACGCCUUGGAGCAGAAGUGGAAACAGACGGAGCAGGCUGACCUUAUAAAUCAGCUGUACCAGGGCAAGCUGAAGGACUAUGUGCGCUGUCUGGAGUGUGGCUAUGAGAGCUGGCGGAUCGACACCUACCUGGACAUCCCCUUGGUCAUCAGGCCCUUCGGUGCCAGUCAGGCUUUCGGCAGUGUGGAGGAAGCACUGCAGGCCUUUGUCCAGCCUGAAACUCUGGAUGGACCGAACCAGUACUUUUGUGAGCGCUGCAAGAAGAAAUGUGAUGCCCGCAAGGGACUGCGAUUUCUGCACUUUCCCUACCUGCUCACCCUUCAGCUCAAGCGUUUUGAUUUUGACUACACGACUAUGCACAGAAUCAAACUUAACGACCGCAUGACCUUCCCCGAAGAGCUUGACAUGAGCCCCUUCAUCGACGUAGAGGAUGAGAAAUCGCCUCAGACCGAGAGCUGUACUGACAGCGGGGCAGAGAACGAAGGCAGUUGCCACAGCGACCAGAUGAGCAACGACUUCUCUACAGAUGACGGUGUGGAUGAGGGCAUCUGCUUGGAUGCCAGCUCUACUGAAAGAGUUCUGAAGUCAAAGAGCUCAUUGACCUAUGAACUCUUCUCAGUAAUGGUGCAUUCUGGAAGCGCUGCUGGCGGGCACUACUACGCUUGCAUCAAGUCCUUUAGUGAUGGCCAGUGGUACAGCUUUAACGACCAGCAUGUCAGCAAGAUCACACAGGAUGAUAUCAGAAAGACCUAUGGUGGGUCCUCAGGGAGCAGAGGCUAUUACUCCAGUGCCUUUGCCAGCUCUACAAAUGCCUACAUGCUCAUAUACAGACUAAAAGAUCACUCCAGGAAUGCAAAGUACCUUGACGUGGAGGACUUUCCAGAGCACAUAAAGUGCGUCGUUCAGAGAGAAAGAGAAUCCGAGGAGCAAGAGAAGAGACAACGGGAGAUUGAACGCAACACAUGCAAGAUUAAGCUGUUCUGCAUGCAUCCUGUCAAGAUGAUGAUGAUGGAGAACAAGCUGGAGGUUCACAAGGAUAAAACACUCCGAGAAGCUACUGAAAUAGCAUACAAGCUGAUGGAUCUUGAGUGUGUGGUUCCUCUGGACUGCUGCCGUUUGGUGAAGUAUGAUGAGUUUCAUGAGUAUCUGGAGCGUUCAUAUGAAGGGGAAGAGGAUGUGCCAAUGGGGCUGCUGCUUGGAGGGGUUAAAUCCUCCUAUAUGUUCGACUUGCUACUGGAGACUCGCCGACCAGACCAAGUGUUCCAGCCCUACAAACCUGGAGAGGUGAUGGUGAAGGUCCAUGUGGUGAAUCUGAAGAGUGAGACCAUCGCUGCUCCUGUCAGUGUUAGGGCGUACCUUAACCAGACCAUUACAGAGUUCAAGCAACUCAUUGCACAAGCCACCGUACUAUCUGCAGAAACUAUGCGUGUCGUCCUGGAGCGCUGCUAUAAUGACCUCCGGCUUCUGUAUGUUCCCAACAAGACAUUGAAAGCGGAGGGUUUCUUCAGGAGUAACAAGGUUUUUGUGGAGAGUUCGGAUUCACCAGACCAUCAGGUCACAUUCACUGACUCGCUCUUGUGGAAGCUCCUGGACCGCCACGGCAACACAAUCAGACUUUUUGUGUCGCUCCCAGAGGAGUCUCUAGGCCACAGAACUAGCUACCCCAAAGCGAGCAAUGACUCUGAGGACUCUUUCGAGGGGGCUAAAGGUGGCAACCAGUGUGUAGAGGCGAUCCUGGAGGAGAGCACGGAGAAGCUGAAGAACAUUUCUCUCCAGCAGCAGCAGAAGCAGCAACAGAAGCAGACCCAGACCUCCAGCAUCAGCGAGAGCCAGAAAAGUUCCGACCACAGUGACUUUGAGCACCUGGAUUUCCCGCAGCCCGAGAACCAGCUGGCUUCAGAGGAACGGUCCGAUUCAGACGCCAACAAUGACCGCAGCACCAGCUCGGUGGACUCGGAUAUCCUGAGUUCAAGCCACAGCAGUGACACGCUGUGCAACGCCGACAGCGCACCACUGCCACUAGCCAAUGGCCUCGACUCGCACAGCAUCACCAGCAGCCGUCGCUCCAAAGCACACGAGGGCAAGAAGGAGACGUGGGACACAGCAGAGGAGGACUCUGGUACAGACAGCGAGUAUGAUGAGAACGGCAAGAGCAAAGCACAGACACAAUACCUGUACUUCAAAGCAGAAACGUACUCGCAGGAGGAUGCCUCAGGGGAUGCACAGAAAUGUUUACUUGUACAUGUCGAUAAAAGGAUCACACUGGCAGCGUUCAAGCAAAACCUGGAGCCGUUUGUCGGAGUCCCCUCUACCCAGUUUAAAGUGUUCCGGGUCUACGCCAACAACCAGGAAUUUGAGAGUGUGCGACUCAACGAGACACUCUCUUCUUUCUCUGAUGAUAACAAGAUUACCAUUCGGUUAGGAAGAGCACUGAAGAAAGGUGAAUACAGGGUGAAAGUGUACCAGCUGCUUGUCAAUGACCCAGAGCCCUGUAAGUUUCUACUGGAUACUGUGUUUGCUAAGGGCAUGACGGUAAGACAAUCCAAGGAGGAAUUAUUGCCCCAGCUCAGAGACCAGUGCAAGCUGGAGCCCAGCAUAGACAGGAUUCGACUCAGGAAAAAGACCUGGAAAAAUCCCGGCACAGUGUUUCUGGAUUAUCACGUUUAUGAAGAGGACAUCAAUAUCUCUAGUAACUGGGAGGUCUUCCUUGAGAUUCUUGAAGAACCGGAGCAGAUGAAAUCCAUGUCUCAGUUGGCAGUGCUGACGCGUCGUUGGUGUCCGACUCAGAUGAAGCUGGAACCUUUUCGGGAGGUGGUGCUUGAAAGCAGCACUGUAGACGAGCUCAAAGAAAAGCUUGCCGAAAUCAGUGGAAUUCCGCUUGAGAACUUGGAGUUUGCCAAGGGACGAGGAACAUUUCCUUGCGAUAUAUCUGUGUUGGAGAUCCAUCAGGAUCUGGACUGGAAUCCUAAAGUUUCUACACUUAACGUCUGGCCUCUGUACAUCUGCGAUGAUGGUGCAGUGGUCUUCUACAGGGACAGCACUGAAGAACCCAAGGAGCUGUCUGAGGAAGAGCGCAAUGAACUAAUGAAGAAAGAAAGCAGUCGUCUGUUGAAGACGGGUCAUCGGGUCAGUUAUUCACCCCGCAAAGAGAAAGCCCUCAAGAUCUACCUAGAUGGAGGACCUUCUAAAGACCCGGGCCAGGACUGAGACUGGCCCUCGAUGCGCUAUUAACUUUUUGUUUUUUUUUAAAGAGCCGGCCUCCAAUGCCUCACCAAGGGCCCUUUAUGGCCUUGAAGCCAUCGUCUAAUCCAAGGUCAGCAGUGCUGUACGGGCACCGGCGUUUUCUUUGAGCUCAGCGGGGGUAUUGCGAGGCUACGAAUAAUCACUAGAGUUUAUUGUACUGUAAAGUUUAAAGGGAAGUGCAAAAGCUAUUUCGAAUGAACGGACAUCCAGUACUAUUCGGACUAAUCGAAAAAGGUGCGUCUUUACAGAGAUGGAUGCUUUGGUAGAGUGGAGGACUCCAUUCGGGAGUGAUUCGGAUCCUUCUCUGGCUCAGACGUCCUUGUUUAUUUCUCACUGUACGUUUGCGUCACUGAGUUGCGAUCGAGUCCAUCACGCUAUGUGCGCAAAUCCACAGAGACAAGUCCCUGGUCCAAUGUUGUCCUCCAUGUUUUUUGAGUUUCUCCAAUAUCUGGUGGUUUUCAGUUCAAAAUGCUACUUGUUUAAUAAAUCAAAUGUUUCUCUACUGGCUUAGGAGGCCCCGUCCUGGCCUUUUCCCAGAGUGCUUCCCUGCACGUACGGGCCUGAUGGUGACUGAUAAAGCUCUGCCUAUUGUACAGGGAGCCCUGUGUCCUGUUCUAUAAAAUUCCCUGUCCGUCCUCAUUCGGGGCUACUGACUCUGGUACAUUUUUAGUCUGCCUUUAAGACUGGGGAAUAUGAAUCAAGUAGAAUGCUAUGUUUACCUGUUUAUUUCCUGUUGUAAAUUAUCCCCCCUCCCCCAAUUAAUGAUGCUAGGUCUUGAGACUGACUUAUGGCACACAUUUUAAGUUCUUUCUUCAGUACUCAGUUUUUUUGUCCUGUUUUUAAUUCUGCACAUGAACAGAGCCUUUGAGAGUUUGGUUCAGGCCUGGUUUCUGUGUAGAGAUGCUAACCGCUGCUGUUUUUGCAUAGACUGAGAGCCUAUAGAGCUGGGUUGCUGGAUGACCAGACACCGUUUGGUGAUUUUUCUUUGUUUUUUUUUUCCCCGACUCACCUGCUCCAACCAGUUAUGAUCUGGUGAGGUGUCUGUGGGAUGUCACCAAACUUGGUUGGACUGGAGUUGUGCACCUUUGCUUUGGAGCUGUACUGCAGGAGCAGUGGUCUGGGUCACUGCACCACUAAGCCAGUCCGAACUGUUGGGGGUUAUUGUGGGCUCCUAAUGCUGCCACAAGCUCACAAGUUCACCGUAGACUUGCCAAUAUAAAAAUAAUAAUAAUAAUAAAAAAGAAUCAGUUUCA